AUGGCUGACCGAGGAGAGAGCUGGCCCAGAAAAUCCCAACCAUUCCUUACCGUCGUCGACGUCUCCAAGGCCCCGUGGCGUAUAUACCCUCGCGUCAAGGCUCGCAUCCUCGACUACUUUCCCCAGUACAAAAAUGAAGCCCAGAGCAGCGAGCUGGAGGACUUCUGCCGCGUGAAGCUCAUGCUCAGCCACCCGCACCGCAGCUUUGCCGGGCUAAAGACGGUCGAUGGCGAUGUGUUCAAUACCUAUCACGAGGCCUACCAGCACUGCCAGAUCGUGCACGCGGGGAUGCAUGUGGACGGUUAUUACGGGCAGUUGCCGGAACCUGACCCAGAUGAGUUCGAGCCUGAAGAUGGUUCCAUUCAGUACGAUGACUACAUCAAGCACGCGAUGAGGUGGAGAGACCGUCGCUUCGCAAGGCACCCCCGGUUCCGUUUUGUCUCUUUCAACCCCUGA